UUUGAAAUAGAAGACAUGAAGAAAAUUAGAAAUAGGUUUCUGAUUUCUGUCUUUUCGUAUCGCUAUCGUCUCUCUGCCGCUCUUUCUUUCUCGGUGCUCUCUCUCUCAUUACUCUCUGCCGCUAUCACUCUCUCUCUCGGCCUCUCUCUGCCGUUCCCAGGUCGCCACCGCUACCGGCUCCUCCGGUAGCCCGUGCCUCGCCGCCUCGGACCUCUCCAGCGCUGCAAGCAGCAGACAGCAGUAGUGCGCGACCUCGCCGCGCCGCCACCCUCGCCUAGCCUUCCCCGUCGCCUCGCCCCGCCUCCUUCGACCUCGGCGCCUCCGUCAGCAGUUUCCAACGCCAAAGUUCCCAACAGCAGUUAUGGUGGGGCUUUCUCUAGGGGAGCAAACAUUUAUAAAAGGUGGAAUUGCUCAGGAUCUACGUACUGAUGGUAGGAAAAGAUUAACCUACCGACCCAUUUUUGUUGAAACUGGUAUCAUUCCUCAGGCAAGUGGCUCAGCCAGAGUGAAGCUGGGGGCAACAGAUGUUAUUGCAAGUGUGAAGGCUGAACUUGGAAAGCCAAACCCAUCUUAUCCCGACAAAGGAAAAGUUUCCAUAUAUGUUGACUGUAGUCCGACCGCUGAACCAUCUUUUGAGGGCAGAGGGGGUGAGGAAUUAUCCACGGAGCUCUCUUCAGCACUUCAAAGGUGUUUGUUGGGUGGUAAAAGUGGUGCAGGCGCUGGAAUUGAUCUCUCUUCUCUGUGCAUUGUUCGAGGGAAGGUCUGUUGGGAUCUCUACAUUGAUGGUCUAGUUGUUAGUUCAGAUGGUAAUGUGCUGGAUGCUUUGGGAGCUGCCAUUAAGGCUGCUCUAAGCGAUACAGCUAUUCCAAAAGUUCAAGUUUCUGCCAACGCUCCUUCUGAUGAGCAGCCGGAGGUUGAUGUGAGCGAUGAGGAGUUUGUACAAUUUGAUACGUCAGGGGUCCCUGUUAUAGUAACUUUAACCAAGGCAAAACAUUCAUAUUUUCUCCAUCUUCGUCUUUCUCAAUGUUGGGGUUUGUAUUCUGAGACACAGCGAUACAUGUUGACUUUUGCAGGUCGGGGGGCAUUAUAUUGUAGAUGCAACUACAGAAGAGGAGUCCCAGAUGAGUUCAGCUGUGUCUGUCUCGAUCAGCAGGCUAGGCCGGAUAUGUGGGCUGACGAAGAGAGGGGGCGCCGGCCUCGAUCCAACCGUUAUACUCGACAUGAUAUCGGCGGCUAAACAUGUAAGUGAGCAGUUGAUGAACAAAUUGGAUUCAGAAAUAGCAGCAGCUGAGGCUUGCGAUGAGAUGGAAUCCUAAUCUUACAAUGCCAGUGGUUGUUUCUUGCAUUCGAUGCUGACAUGUCUAAUUAAUGUCAACUAUAGAUUAAAUCUAAUGUAACAUCUAUAAAAUCUGGUUUUGUUCAUGUGCAACCUGGUCCAUAAUAGUUUAGAAUUGUUAAUGUUGUCGGUCCCUUCACCCUUGUUUUUCCAUUCCGUUUUUCCCAAUUUGCAUAGUUACGGCUACAGCAAAUAACUUUUUCUUUUGAAGUGUGAUCAAAGAUGAUGCGAUUUAGCAGUUGGAUAUCUUGUUUCCA